AUGACCCUCAAGACUCAUCCCGAAAAGCCCGCCUCGUUACGGUCUCUAAACGAUGAGACCUUCACCCGGUACCGCGUCACGUCCAGACAGAACCUUUCCCAAAUGACCGAUGGUGGGGUAACCAAAACAGGGGAGGGGUUUAUCCUCACUCUGGCGCCGUCAACCCCCAUCCCGGUGUUGUUGAACCGGUCGGCCGCGGUGCUGAGUCGGGUGUGGGAUGAGUUUGGGGGGUGCUGGAGUGUCGAGGUGAAGCAGCCUUUUAUUCAGGUUGCUAGGGAGUAUACCCCUUUGCCUCCGCUCGGCAUUCAAGCGUCAGCCGAGGGGAGGAGGGACGAUGGGCAGGAAGGACAAAAGGGGGAGUACGAGUACGAGUUUGGAUGGCUCAGCCCAUCAGCUUGGGGAAAGGCAUGGGAGAGGUUGACUGGCAGGGGCGAGGUUCGACUCUUCGUCCGGCGCCUCCAAGGCGAGACCUCUCGUUGGCUGGCUGGGUUGAGCGUCGGGGACGAGGUUGAGUUGCGGGGCCCAAGAUUGGGGUUUGAUAUCCGCCGACGUCUCGGUCUCGACCUCAGCGCCAGCACCUCGGUUGAAGUUCCUCAACAGCAGCAAGCCGGCGAUACCAGCACGAGUGGAGAGGGUACGACACCAUCAUCAAAAAAGAGGAUCGUCUUCCUCGCCGGCGGAACGGGUAUCGCCCCCGCCAUCCAAACAGCCCACGCUCUCUUCUCUCCCCACACCCGGAAGAGUCCCUCUUCAAAAGACGUGGAAAUGCAUAUCCUAUGGGCCUCCCGUCGACGCGCCGACUGCUCUCCGUCGUCACCCAUCAUCCAAAUGCUCGACACACUCGUCGCAGAGUCCAACGGGAGGUUCAGCUACACCUGUACUGUCGACGAGGAGGGGACGUUUAUCACCCCCAAGAAUGUUGCCAAGGCAGUUGGGUUGGCUUCCUCUGCUGGAGUAAGGGAGAACAAGGGGUGGUUUAGCUGGCUCUGGCUCUGGGGUUCCAGCCAACAAGCUACACUUCCAGCUCACCAGACCGUCGGGAGCUCAUCAAAGUGCAGAUAUCACUCGCCCUCUGUGCUAGCCCUCUCCUCCGACAAGGAAGACACACGCUGGGAGGGGCAGAGCAAGGAAUCUCGUCCCAUCCACUCCGACUCGGAACCCUGCCAAUGCCAUGACAAGGCCACCGGGAAGAACCUCUUAAUGGUCUCUGGUCCGGAGGGUUUCGUCAACCAUUUCGUGGGGGAGAAAGUCUGGGCUAGGGGGAGAGAGCUGCAGGGGCGUGUGGGAGGGGUCGUUGGAGAGCUGGUGAGGAAAAAUAAAAAUUGGGAGGCAGAGUGGUUGGUCUUGAAGUUGUAA